UUAGAUUUUUAUCAGUUUCUCUGCGUUAUUAUAGGUAGGAAGUUGGAAGCCGCAACUAGAAAGCAUGGAGAACGUUCCAGAAUCUUCAUCCAAAGGCACCAAACGCCGUCGAACUGAUAAUCCCGAUGCCGCCGCCGGAAACACCUCAUCAUCACUCGAGAACGAUCUUACAUUCUCUGAUACUCUUAUUGCGCUUCGAAUCAUGCGAGCUCAAUUUCCCCAAAUUCACAAUGUUUCGGUUGAACCGUUUAUUUUGAAGUCUCAAUUGUAUAGCAGUGUGAAGGACAGAACACAAGUUGAUAGGGAAUUAGAGUCUCUAAGGAGGGAUAAAAUGCUUCGCCUUUUUAAAUUAAAUACUGGACAAGAUGAUCAUGCUGUAAUGUUUUUGGAUGAUUACCUAAAACAGAUAGAUCGUGUUGUUAAAAGAAUGGAAGGAAAGGUAGGAGCAGAAUGUGAAGUUUUUGAUUGGUUCAAAAGUCAUGUCCUAGAUUCAAAGCUAGAAACCGGCAUUGAACAUCAGGAGCUUUGCUCACUCUUGUCACUUGGGGGAAAGGUGAAGGACAACCACAUUUCCCUUCUAAUUAAUGCUGGCAUCCUUACCAGGCAACUUAUUGAUCCAAACAUGUAUUGGAUAGCAAUUCCAAAUAUUGGCUCACUUCUUAAGGGUCUUGUUCAGGGAAGGAAGGAAAUUAUUUCCCUUCUCAGCCGUCGUCAAUAUAAGGAAAUGAUGUUGGCUGUUUUGGAAAAGAAGCGUCUUCGAAUGUCCCCACUUGAUAUCAGAUUUCAUCUUCGUGAUUUAAUUGGUUCCGGUCAUCUCAGAAGUGACCAGACUCCAACUGGUAUAGUUAUCAGAGUCUCAAAAGAUUAGAGAUCCAGAAAGUCAAAGAUUUACUUGGAUCCAUGAAAUGAUUUGUCUGCUGCUUUUUUGCUCUUAAUUUUAAGAAGAGGUUUAGUUGCUUAAGCUUUGAAUAUAUAUUUUGCAUUUUUUAUUUAUAAAUGGAUAUAUAAUUGGUAUGUCACUUCAAAUGGCUGUCUUACAUAUAAGAGAACUGCAUAGAUGAAAUAUCAUAUUUUAUCCUUUAAAUUAUUAAGGAAACAAGUUUAAGACAUUUGGAAACGAAUUUCAUCAGCUGUCAACAUGGAGUAAUUGAAGCCAAUGUUACAGCUUACAGCUUACUUGAAGCGAUCUGACUAGUAUUUGUGUUCAUUGCAUUAUUAUUGGUGCUGUGCUUUAUUUAUGCCUAAAGUAUUUUUUUUCUUAAAAAUAUCCUUCUUUCUCAUA